AUGACAUUGCCGACCAAAUCGCAGCGCUGGGUGCUCCGUGAAAAGCCCUAUGGCGAACCUGUACUCGGCGGUGACAAGCCAACCUUUAAACUAGAGACCGCUGAUAUCCCGACCAUCAGGGAUGGACAAGUCCUGUUGAAAACACUGUACUUGAGUAAUGAUCCUGCACAACGCUCAUGGAUCUCGCCACUAGCUCAGAAAGAAAGACUUUACGUGCCACCAGUUCAAGUGGGUAACCCAAUGAGUUCUAUGGGAAUUGCCCGUGUCGUGGAAUCUCGCAGUCCCAAAGUUGCUGUUGGUUCUUUGGUUACAGGUGCACCUGGAUGGAGCGAAUACGCGGCACAAGAUGCAGAAAGUGUCGCUGUGAUCACUCCCCAGCCUGGUUUGCCUGAAACUCAUUUCCUGGGCGCUCUUGGAUUGCCAGGAUUUACAGCAUACUAUGCCCUGACGCAAAUUGUCAAGGCGACAAGUAAGGACGCCAUUGUUGUUAGUGGUGCGGCUGGUGCUGUUGGCACUAUGGUUGUCCAGAUUGCCAAGAAAAUGAUUGGAUGUCGAAAGGUUAUCGGCAUUGCUGGUACGGAUGAAAAGUGUCGGUGGGUGGAGAAGCUCGGCGCCGAUGUUUGCGUGAACUAUAAGUCGCCAUCUUUCAAGGAAGAGCUCACCAAAGAGACGGAAGGAUUCGUCGAGAUCUAUUUCGACAAUGUUGGUGGUGAUAUUCUCGACUUCAUGUUGACCAGAUUAGCCAAGUUUGGUCGAGUCGCAGCUAGUGGCACCAUUUCGAACUAUAACAAGGACUCGGAUAUAACUGGUCUCAAGAACUUCUAUGAAGUCGUGACAAUGCGUCUCCAGAUUCUCGGCUUCAUCAAUACUGAUUGGAUUGAUAAUUUGUCCGAAGUCCGAGCCAUUCUGGUUGAUGAGUGGAAAAAGGGAACUCUCCUCAUUGGAUAUGAGAGUGAAAUGGUCAUCGAAACUGAGUUUGAAGAUAUUCCCCGUACUUGGAUGAUGCUUUAUUCCGGAGGAAACACUGGCAAGCUGGUUACAAAGCUGAAGGAGUAA